GACGCGAGCCAUUUACCUUUCCCUGUCCCCCCUCCCCUUUCACAUCGGACCCCAAACUGAUAAGCUGCCAACAAAGCCUUGUUGGUGGAAGCUUGCUGGCCCGUGGACCGAACGACCGCGACUGCAUCUAUCUCUCGUUGACCAGGUCAACAAGGCCAUACGCGUACGCAUACGCAUACGCAUCCGUUUCCUUUACCUGCGUGCCCGGUGGGCCACUUCAUGCCUGCGCGCAUAUUGGAUGGUUUCUCAGCAUCGUGUCCAAUCCCGCUUUACUCAGCGGGAAUCCUUGUUCAGUCCUUAGGCUGUCCCGAUCGACAGGCCGGCCUCCCCCCUCGAAGCUUCUGUUUACUAGUACAAGCUACAUCGGCGAAGGCCCGAAGCUAGAGGGCACAGGAGGCACAUCGCAUUAUUAGUUUCCCUAAUCAGCAAGCAUGCCCGCGGUCAAUCUCCCUCGGCAACGGACCCAUGGUAACGUCGCCCUAAGCCCCGUACCAGGGGGGCAGCUGCGGCUCUUACUCAAUAUUGGCCUCAUCUCUCUUGGACUCAUAUGUCUCGGUGUGUUGCGGUUCGUGUUGGAGACCAGGAGGAGAAGAUAUAAAGCACUCCCUCGCUCUGCCCUGGGCAAGGGAGAUCCUGGCGGGACUACUCUCCAGAGACUCUGGACCUCAGAGAAGUCAAGUGGAAUCAGCAACCAGAACCAGAUCAUGUCCAGCCAUCAGGAGUCGGGAAUCGCCCGGCUGGGGGCAGACCAAGAUCCGAGCGAUGGGAGACAGGAGCAUAUCGAGGACGGGUCCCGGCAGCAAGAAGACAGAGGGUCUGUUCAGGACGAGACAGCUCCUCCUCUAAGCUCAGACACAGGCACGCUACUGAUCCUCAAGCCCGGCCCUCUGCUGCCGCCGCCGCUAACACCGCCUACUCUGUCGACAGGAGUGUUCCCAUUUCAGGAUCGCCGGCUAAGCUUUGCGGCAUCUAACAUGGGGCUGAGUGACCUGGACACGAGCUUCUUUCACCAGCCGAACCCGGACUACACGCUGUCACCCUCGUCUGAAUCGACCUCGACUGCGCUGCCCCACGGCCAGGAGUCCUCUUCCGUCCCGAGGAGGAGGUCUUACACGAGAGUGCUUCCCCUGGGGUUGGCUCACUCAGCCUCGGAGCAUGACGGGGCAUCCUUCUCGCCCAGCUCGUUCCCUUCGUCGAGCCCGAUCUUGCCCCUCGCGCCACAUGAGUCACUGGAAUCUAGGGAGAUCGACGUCCAGGGCGAGAUCAUUUCGGUUGUGGACGACUCGGGCGCGGGCUGGAAGCGGCAUACCCGCGUCUACGGUGGAGGCGUCUGCCUCGCCUGCCUGGCGUCUGGGAGCCAGGGAGGGUUUUACGGCGAAAACGUACCACCCGAACAUCGUCGAUAAACGGAUACACGCAUAUUUCAAACGUACUUGCCGGGUCGUGGGCAAGAAUCCUUCUCCUUUUUUUUUUUUUUUCCGUCCCUUGCGGACAAGGAGGCAGCUCUGCAAAUCCUAACAUUGCUAUGACAGACUGAGGCACGAG